GCAUCAUGCCAAUCUCCUCAUCUCUCUCCCAUGGGUCAAUCAUAAAGUUAAGUAUAUGAUGAAUGGAGCUUAUAGCAAGGAGAUGAGAUGAUUUACGUGUACCGGAUAUAAUUUGCCGGUGGGAUCACACAACUGCCUUCUCCACCUUUCGUCUCUUAAUACUUUCUUUUGGGAUCAAAACAAUCCACUAAUAAUCCCCCAAAGGGGAAGGGCUAAUCUUCCCUCAAAAUAGAGCCCAGUGGAAACCGCCCCCGUCCCGCAGAAAAUUCGACGGGUGGGUCGAGAAAUCCGUGCUCGGUGGCUGAUAUUCCGAGCGUUUCUGCAUCGGCCUCUUGGUUCUUUUCAAGAAAGAAGAGAUAAGCUCCUCUCUCUCUCCCUCUCUGUCUCAGCUUGGUUGCUCUGUUGCGGUCCCUCUCAAUGGUAGAGAACUGUACAAUUGGCCACUUCAGGAUGAGAUUACGUGAGAAAAUGAAAGAAUUCAUGGGAGCUUAAUGAAUUGGUUGCUUUAUUUCUUCUUUAUUACCGUUAUUUUGAGGUAAAAGAUGGGUCUUGACGCUCCCUGUCGUGCCGACUUUUCCGGGCGGUUUCCUGUUAACAUCCUUCCUUUUGAGUGAAAUUUUACGAAAUUUAGAGGAAUUCAUGGAUUUUGUCUGAGUAUUUCUCCUUUUUCCCUUCUACUAACGUGAUUUUUGGCGUCUAAUUCAUUCAAAAAGGCUUCUUUUCGUCAAUUGUGACCAAAUGUUUCGAUUUUUUUCUUCGAUUUUGUAUGGUGGAGAUGAUCUCUUCGCCUCUUCUUAGCUGCUUUCGUAGAGUUCUAUAAAAGCUGAGGAGCUCGUGAUAUUUGGUUGCGAAGCUCCUUUCUGAUGUGGUUUUCUCCUCGCGAGUCUGGUUGCGAUCCCUUUUCCGCGGCAGAAGCUCCUCAAAAGGUCCCCUCUAUCUGGGCGUCUAGAUUUCCAAGAAAUGGGUCCUUCUGGGCAGUCCAUUGAUGGUGUGGUCGAGGAAAUCAUGAGGAUUCACCGAUCUCUUCCGUCGCGGCCGGGCAUUGACGACGUCGAGGCGGCGAUGGCCUUGGUCCGCAACGUGGACAAGGAGGAGCAGGCCCGCAUCGAUGCCAUAUCGAAGCAGAAGAAGGGAUUCGAGAUCCCCGAGGAGCUCUUUUUUGUGCUCCAGGAGAUGCAGAAGAAUCUGGCUUACUUUCAAGGCAAGGAGCAGAAGAGGGAGGCUUUGAAGCUGCUUGAUCUGGAGAACAUCCACUUUUUGUUUGAUGAAUUGAUUCAGAGGGCCUCCAAGUGCGUUCCUUCCAGUUCAAAAGCAUCGGCUCCAUCAAUUUCUGCAGGCACAGCGAAAGUUACUGCAGCCAGUUCCAGGACUAGCUUCGCCACUAACACCACUGUUUCAUCUGUUGUUCACUCAGCGAAAGGGGUUGGAAGGAGCCUCGAGGGCGUUAGUAUGGAUGACAGUUACUUGAAGAAAGCAAAGUCCACAAUGUAUGCUGAUGAAUUUGGCAGUGGUGAUUCUCAUGUAUCGCGAGGAUUGUUGCUGAAUCCUACAGCUAGGCCUCAGGCUACUUCUGCAGAAGACAGUGAGAAACUGAGUCUUAUUAAACUAGCUAGCUUGAUAGAGGUCUCUGCAAAGAAAGGCACCCGGGAUCUCAACCUUCAAAACAAGCUUAUGGAUCAAAUUGACUGGUUACCUGAUUCGAUAUGGAAGCUUUCUGGUCUGGUCACUCUUGAUCUUUCAGAAAAUCGAAUUAUUCUCCUGCCAGCCACUAUUGGUGCUCUUUCUUCAUUAGAAAAGUUGGACCUUCAGUCUAAUCGGAUAGCUGAGCUUCCUGAUUCUAUUGGAGAACUUUAUAGCCUGUUAUAUCUGGAUCUGAAGGGGAACCAGUUAAUGUCAUUGCCCUCUACAAUUGGGAAGUUGGUGCAUCUUGAGGAACUUGACCUGAGCUCGAACCAGCUCUCCUUGCUUCCAGAUGCAAUUGGAAAUCUUGUACGUUUGAAGAAGUUAAACAUUGAAACAAAUGAUAUUGAAGAACUCCCACAUACUAUUGGUCAUUGUGUCUCUCUUGUUGAACUUCGAGCUGAUUAUAAUCGGCUGAAAGGCCUUCCAGAAGCUGUUGGGAGGAUGGAAUCUCUGGAGAUUCUCUCUGUCCGGUACAACAAUAUCAAAGGACUUCCAACCACCAUGGCAUCCCUGUCUAAACUGAAGGAGGUUGAUGUCAGCUUCAAUGAGCUUGAAUCAGUUCCUGAGAGCUUAUGCCUUGCAACUACACUUGUCAAGCUGAAUAUAGGAAAUAAUUUUGCUGAUUUCCAAUCUCUCCCACGCUCCAUUGGCAAUCUUGAAAUGCUAGAAGAGUUGGACAUCAGCAACAAUCAGAUUAGGGUCCUUCCAGACUCUUUUGGGAUGUUGUCACAACUCCACGUGCUUCAUGCAGAAGAGAACCCUUUGGCGUUGCCACCAAGGCAUAUUGCUGAAAUGGGUGCACAGGCUGUUGUACAAUACAUGGCUGAACAUGUUGCAAAGAAAGAUGUCAAGUUGCAACCAGUAAAGAGUAAGAAGAGUUGGGCUAAGUUUCGCUUUCCCUUCAAGUCCUUACAGAAGAAACAUGAUGGCUUGGUAUAUAUAACCUGAUUUUUCGAAGCUAUAAGGGAAUACAUCUUUUGUGAUGUUGUUAGAAUACAUUAUCAUGAUGCAAGCAAUCUUUUCCGGACUAACAUAAAAGAAGUCUUUGAAGAUGUGAAUCUAAUCUUUGCCUUGGGACUUGUGUACAAUUCCUCCUUCAGUCAUAACUAAGCCUGUUGUUUCACUUGUAUUUCUUGUGUCUUUGAACUUGUAUGAGGUGUACCAUUAACCUCCUGAGGCAAAAGAAACUAGAAAAUUGUAUGUCAUAUUUCUUAUUCUCCUUUUUUUUGGUGAACAUAUUUCUUAUUCUUUACAUUGUUUUUAGUUGAUUUUCUUUUGUAACAUAGUGUACACGAACUCUUUUACCAAUUCAGGAAAACAAUAAUUUUUAGGUGCUUUGGA